AUACUAGUGCAAUACUGCUAUUAAUACUAGUGCAAUACCUUUAUUAAUACUAGUGCAAUACUUGUAUUCAUAGUAGUAAAAUACUUAUUUUCAUACUGGUGAAAUACUCACUUGUUCUCCAUCAGUUUUUUCAAAACCUCCCCAUCAUACUCCUUAACCUGUAAACACAUUUUAAAACAAAUUAUUUUAGUUUGGAUGUUCAAAGUGUUGACAGAAAUGAUGAUGAUAAAAAAUCAAAGAUUGAUUACCUCUUCAUCCAGCACUUUGAUCACAGGUGCUUCCACACUACAAAAAACACAGGAAGGCUUUCUUCAGUUCAACAGGAGACAAACAGCUGCACAGGUUUACUUACUUCACACAAACUCAGGCUGGAAAUGAUCCGACUGAAGUCAAACCAUUAACAUGAUUAAAUACAAAUAUUUAAGGAGGAAGAGAUGAUGUUUUCUUACCUCUUGACGUCUUUCCUCGGGGCGGGUCCAGCAUCUAAACACACAAAUCAACUGUUUUCAACCACACACGCACACCUCUGCAUUCACAGGCUGUAGCAGUCACAUUUUGUUAUUUUCUGAAUGAGUUGCUCAGAAAUACCAUCAGUUUAUAUGUAAGUUGUACUUUCUGUGUUUUAGGAAAGUUGUUAUGGACACACAUCUGUAUGUGAAUGGAUGCAGGAGAAUGAAGACAUUCAGACCCUGGCAGCUGGACUUCUCCUGCUUUCUGUAACUGAUGCUGGACCCGCCCCGAGGAAAGACGUCAAGAGUGUGGAAGCACCUGUGAUCAAAGUGCUGGAUGAAGAGGUUAAGGAGUAUGAUGGGGAGGUUUUGAAAAAACUGAUGGAGAACAAGUUGUAUCAGAAGUAUGAGGAGGAGUACAACAAGUUGUAUGGACCUGAGAUCAAAGAGCUGAAGGAAGAGGUUCAGAAGUAUGAGGAGGAGUACAAGAAGUUGUAUGGACCUGAGAUCAAAAAGCUGAAGGAAGAGGAUCAGAAGUAUGAGGAGGAGUACAACAAGUUGUAUGGACCUGAGAUCAAAGAGCUGAAGGAAGAGGAUCAGAAGUAUGAGGAGGAGUACAACAAGUUGUAUGGACCUGAGAUCAAAAAGCUGAAGGAAGAGGAUCAGAAGUAUGAGGAGGAGUACAACAAGUUGUAUGGACCUGAGAUCAAAAAGCUGAAGGAAGAGGAUCUGAAGUAUGAGGAGGAGUACAACAAGUUGUAUCAGAAGUAUGAUGAGGAGUACAACAAGUUGUAUGGACCUGAGGUCAAAGAGCUGAAGGAAGAGGAUCAGAAGUAUGAGGAGGAGGUUUUGAAGAACCUGGCGAAGUAAUUGGUAAAAUACAAAAUGGUGUAAGUAUUUGGAGGAGAUACUUAAGUAUUCUAAUUCAUACAAUAUAAUUCUGCAGAAGAAUAUGAGUGUUUAUUGCACUAAUUCAUAAAUAUAAAUGUAAUUAUUGCACCAGUCACCAUAUUGCAUGCGAGGAGUCAUUUAUACACAUCUGUAUUAUUAUUUUUGUCCUAAAGCACAUGCAAGUUUAUUUCAUUUGUGAGCAACCUAUAAAGGAAAACUGACACCUGGAGAUAGAAAUGUGAAUUAUGAGAGUAAAAGAAACUAAAUGGAGUUUGUUCUGAUUCUGAUCAAUCUAUAAAGGAAUCAUCUGCCCAGCGUGGAAGAAGUUGAAGAAGUAGCAGAAAUGUAAUCACGUUCCACCACACAUGGCUGCAGCUCCAAUAUAUGAUAUAUACAGAUAUGUCGUGUAGUUUGGGUGAUGGGUUUCUUUGGUUUUCUACAAGCUGAUAAUAAGUGUCUCUAGUUGUGUUCAUGAUGUUCCUCAGUUUCACUGCCGGAUGAAUAAAGUUCCUGCUGUGAAACGCUCCAUGUAGAGUUUCAAUAACUUUUGUCUUGCUUUCGUUUCCUCUGGUAAUAAAUGGCACUUAAAUCAACCAUUCAUCCUCCAGAGCUGAAUCGCUUUUUUCAUUUUGACUGUAUUUACCAUCUUUGCUGAGAGAGUUUUGUUGGAAAGGAAUUAGAGACACGUCCGAAAUCAAAGCAGGGGGUCCAGUGAGGGAAACAAAUAAAAGCCUGGGUUAUUAAAGAACUGGUCGUCCUGAUGGUGGCGCUACAGCAACCGUUGUUUAACCAAUCAGCCGCACGUGCUGGCACUUUGCAACUUUCACCAAAAUGUAGGCCCAAGUGAGCUGGAAUGUUUAGUUGUGCAGCAAAUUUAAUCAUUUAUAUUAAAAUAUGUAUUGAUAACUAAUAAUUCUAAAUGUAGACACAAAUUGGUACACAAUGUGAAGGAGAGAGAUUGGACUAUCAUUGACUUUCAGAAAUGGUGGUUUCAUACAGUCAUUGACAGGCUGUUGGGGGAGGGGGGCACUUUAUAUCAUGAGAAACACUGAAGGGGGGAUGGGUCAAGUACUCAGGUCAUGUGACUUCAAAUCAAAUUUAUUUAUAUAGCCCAUAUGAUAUAGCCUUUGAAUGUGCGCAGCUUGAUUGGUAAAAUGGAUAUGUGAAGUAAAUUACUCAUGAUUGUAUUAAUCCACACUUGAAAGACUAAGGAUAUGGUGUGCGCCUUGAUAUAAUAAACUACAAUUGUUCAAAUCAAUAGUAAAGGAUUUGUGUUGCAACAUUUCACAAUCAGGCAGAGCACGUGAAGAGGAGAGGAAGAACACUUAAUUAGAAGCACCUAAACCAGACUGAGACAAAUUUUGUAAUUUCUGUAAAAACUGAGUGCCAAAUGAUGCACUAUUAAUUAAUCCUCUGUCAAAACUGAUUCCUAAAAACCCUAUGUCAGUAUCUGAUAAGAUAAUAUGGAAUGAAACAGCUGACGAAUUAUUUAAGAAAAUAAAGUUUUGGUAAACUCAUCUGUUUUAGAAAUACCAGACUAUAAGAAGCCUUUUAUUUAAACAGCAGACUUCAUGACAUUAGU